UUAUAAAUUAUAGGGUGUUAAUAGUCAGUUAAUCGCUGAAGUGUAAGAUAAACAUACUGCUACUCGUGAUAAACGCUGUGUUUACGUAACAAACGCGAGGCCGCUAUCUCGCGUAGCUGGAAUGAAAUAAGUAGCGCUCUCCGGUGCCGAUGUAGCGGCGGCGCGCGACGCCCACCUCCCGCCGCGCCGCUCGUGACCGGCCGGCCCGACGCCCGACUGCCGCAAUCUAGCAAAAGCAAUCAAAUUCACAUGUCGUCUGUCAGCUACUUUUGAUCUUUACCUUGCGGUGUAAACAAGUGUUCUACUAAAACAAUAGGUACUAUUAAUUCAAACUGUGACCAUGGCCGACAAGGAGUAUAUUCUCGGAAUGGACAUAGGGACCACUUCAGUCAAAGUGUGUGUUUACGAUCCCGAUACGAAAGAAAUAAUUGCUAAACAGAACAAGGAUACCGCAGCCAAUAUUCCCAGUGACCAGGGCAUCGAGGGGAACAAGCAGGAUGUACCGAAAAUAGUUUCAGCUGUGCACUACUGCGUGUCCCGCCUGCCGAGGGAUGUUCUGCGGCAUGUCAAAAAAAUCGGCGUUUGUGGCCAGAUGCAUGGAGUGGUGCUGUGGAAGAACUCGGAGAACAAAGCUUGGGAGAAAGUAGAAAAGGAUGGAAAUGUGAUUAGAUUUGAAGCCGUUAGAGAGAAUAUGUCGGCGCUGUACACUUGGCAGGACACGCGAUGCAGGCCGGAGUUUUUGGACGCCCUGCCCAAGCCUGACUCCCACCUCAAGUGUUAUUCCGGUUAUGGGUGCGCCACGCUCUUAUGGAUGCUUAAACAUAAACCUGAGAAAUUGAAGAACUUCAACUGCUCAGGCACCGUGGAGGAUUUUGUAGUUUCAAUGCUUUGCGACUUGGACGUCCCCGUGAUGUCCGACCAAAACGCUGCCAGCUGGGGAUACUUCAAUACUGAAAAGAAAGAAUGGAAUGUCGACAUAUUACAGUCGAUCGGCUUUCCAGUCAAUCUCCUUCCGAAAGUCGUAAAAAGCGGAGAGUUCGUUGGUAAAUUGAAUUCUUCGUGGAACGGCAUCCCCGAGGGCACGCCAAUAAGCGCGGCGCUAGGAGACUUGCAAUGUUCGAUGUUGGCGACCCUAGAAAAUAGCCAGGACGCUGUCUUGAAUAUUUCAACGUCUGCUCAGCUUGCUAUUAUCGCCAAUAGCAUAUCUGAUCUCGGUUGCAGCACCGUUGAGCAUUUACCUUAUUUCGGGAACACAUAUUUAGUAGUAGCCGCCUCGCUGAAUGGAGGGAACGUUCUCGCAACAUUUGUGAAAAUGCUGCAGCAAUGGAUGCUGGAAUUCGGUUUCCCUAUUCCUCAAUCGAAGGUUUGGGAGAAGCUGAUUACGAUCAGUUCGGCCGCGCCGCCGCCGUCGUCGGAAAUGAAAAUAAUCCCUCAUUUAUUAGGCGAGAGACAUGCGCCGACAGCCAAAGUCUCGGUGGCCGACAUUGACUUGUCCAACAUUCAUCUGGCUUCGGUAUUUCGGUCGCUGUGUGACAGUUUGAUUCAGAACUUGCACUCCAUGAUGCCCAAAGAAAUAUUGCGCAACGCAAAUAUUAAAAGAAUAGUUGGAAACGGGUCGGGAUUAUCGCGCAACGUUGUUUUGCAGCGAGCCGUGGAGCACUACUACAGCUUGCCGCUGGAGUUUACGUCAGGGGGAGAUGCGGCUAAAGGUGCAGCUGUAGCUGUGGUGGGGAAGUAAAUUAUUAUAGACAUACUUGCCUGUUUGUACUACAGUCACUAUAUUCAGCAAAACCCCAUUAAGAUGUAAGCGCUAAUUGAAAAAAAACCUACAAACUUUGUAGUGACAAGGCACCUAGUCUAGUACCUACUCUCGCCAUCAUAGUCAGUAAAAAAAUGUUUAUGAAUCAUUUUUUUACAUUUCAGGGCUGUAACGUAACACGUCAUUAGACCAAGAUUGUACUUGUAAUUUAUAAUUAGUUGUAGGUACAUAUACAUACAAGUAGACAAUAAAGGUAAUUAAUAUAUUGUUUUAAAUGGAAACGUUUUAAUAGUGAAUUAAAUUGCAUGUGAUGUAAGUAUUAGUAAGUUAUCAUUAAAUGUGUAUGUAUUUCUAUCUCAAUGACAUCGAGCCAUUAUGUGCCAUGUUUAUUGUUUACUCGUGUAGGUUAACUGAAUGUUAUAUUUGUAUUUAAUUAGCUCUCUUUAUUACUACGAGAAGGGUUGCUUUCGUAUAUUUUAUUUAGUGAAUUUGAUAUAGAUAGGUACACAUAAUUGACAGCUCUGCUAUAUUCUAAUUACGAACAUCUGAUAAACAAUACGAAUAGAUAAAGCUCGUAGUUCAUCUUCUUUCUCCAUUAUUAUACAGGUAUUUUGCAUAAUUAUAUGAAAUAUUUUACAAUGUGAAUGUUGAGCAACUUUUACUAUGGGACCAAACCCAGAAAACACGUAAAAAUAUAGACUGUUUCGUAUGUUUCUGGUUGGUCUGAUAUAUAUACUUUCUAUAAAAGUAAAUUAUCUUAUUCUCGAUUUCAGGUUUUUAAUCAACAAACACCCUGUGUAUUUAAAAUUGCCUACAAUGGCCUAAGAGUAUAGGCGGUUUAUAACAGAUGUAGUUAAUGAUGAGUGGGGAACUUAUUGUAACAUGGUUAAAAUUGAGGUGUUUUUUAAAGUUGUUUUAUUGUUUAGGUAUCUAUGGCUCUAUGUAUGGAAAAUGUUACAAAAGUUGGUUUUAAAUUAGCUGGGCUGAAAAUGGUUUGUUGUAUUGUAUUAGUUCGGGGUCGUUCGGGCGGUUUUCCGCACUGAGUAGGCCGAUAAGUAGUAAGUACUACACUAUCAUAUAUAUAUGAUCAUAGGUCUGUAUGCCUCCCUUUUUCUCCAACGUGCAGAAAAAGGACGGCGUGUUGUCUGUGAUCAUAUUUCUAUGAUAGUGUACUAUCGGCCAUAGGCAAAUUGUUUACUUGUUGAAAGUUGAAAACCGCAGUACAAAGAUAGAAGAUAUAUACCUUACAACGUGGUCCUUAAUAUUGCAAGGGGUUAAGGUGCAAUAAUUUUUUUCCAUAUCAAACGCACUUUGUAGAACAUAUUCCGAGAUAAUGAUAUAAUGAACAGCUUAUCUUUAGUAAAUUAUUAGUAUUAUUACUUAUUAAAAUGUACCAAAGUUAUAAA